AUGCAGCUGAACGCUAUCAACGUCCGUUCUAAGGAAAAGCGUGCGCGGCUUGAGGUUCUAUUAAAGCUUGAAGAGGACCUUCUGGAAGCCCGUCAGCAGAUGCGGGACAUUGAUGCAGCUCAUGUACCUGUGCGAACCGCCCAGCAACGCAAUGAUCUUCUUGCGCUUCCAAGGACGCUCGCCGAUCUUGAACAAAAGAUUCAAGAGGUAGCUGAUGAGGUCGGAAAUACAGAGUUACUCAAUGUGCGCGGGAACGUACCCAGACGAGGAGAUGACCGACUUAAGGCUGUCUUGACGGUCCAGGUUGCUUUGGGUUUUUUGUAUGAGGCGAAAUUUGGUGCCGAUCAACACCAAGUGGAUGCAGGGCGGAGGACGAGACAACCAUUGCAUGAGCCAACUUUCGACGAGGUUGUUGCUAUGGACAUGCUACAUCCAUUCUGGGACGAAGUUGCUAUGAAUCACCCCGAGGAGCCUUGGGCAUAUUGCAAGAUUACCAAAGAUGGCAUCUUAGCUCUUCGGAAUGCGAUAUUGUCUGAAGAGGAGUUGCGACGGCUUGGGCGCGAAGUCCGACAGCUGAUAGGAUGGGCCGUUGAGUAUCAAGGACGCAUGGAAGCGACCAAGCCCAAUGAGGCUGAUGCGCGUGUGAUAGAGUGGAAGUCGAUCCAUAGUGGCCUUGAAAAACAAACCUGUCGUCUAUGGAGGCAAUGGGAUCGAGGCUUAAUUGAGGUUGUCCAUACAACCAAGCAGUACGUAGAACGAAGUGCUGAAAUUGAUGGUGUAUUGAUACGCCAGUGGGAAGAAAUGGUCGGUCGCACGGCUGGGACCUGGCAAGCAAUUCUAGGGGUCCCAAUAUUUUGGGAAGAGGACGGCGAUGAGGAGGCUGAAGAGGAGGAGAUGGAAUGGGAAGAGGCUGAAUACAAGAUGGAAAUGGAAUGGCAGAGAGAGUUUUAUUGGUAA